UUGCAGUUGCAGGGCUUUUCUUCCACCACACAAAGGGGGGGCCGGUUUCGAGCGAUCGGAGCUGUUUGGAGAGAGCCUGCAACGCUUCCCAUGCGAUCAGACGCUUCAAGAUCCAUUACAAAACGAAAGAGAGGGGAAAAAUCACUAGCUUGAUUUUACGCUGAAAGAGAGAAGAUCAGAAAAUUCUCAUUUUUCAUUCUUCUUUCUGUUUUUCUUUCUUCUUCCCAGGGCAAAGAUCCGGCGUUCUUGUCGCCGGAAUUCUUUAUUUCAUUUCAUUUUUUUUUUCUAUUUUUGUUAUUUUUACGGGUAUUGGAUUGGAUCUUUGAGGCGGAGAAGUUGAUCGAGGGCGGCAGAUCGAGAAGCGGCUGAAAUUUCUGAUCAGAUCGAGCUCCGAUAUGGCUGCGCCAGUCAACAUAGCAGUAGGAUCGCUUGUUUGGCUGGUGGAUACUGAUGUUGCUUGGAUAGAUGGGGAAGUCUUGGAUAUCAAUGGUGAAGAAAUUAAGAUCAGCUGUACCGAUGGGAGGACGGUCAAAGCUAAUGUUUCCAAUGUCUAUCCAAAAGAUCCUGAAGCUCCCCCUUGUGGCGUGGAUGACAUGACAAAGCUGGCUUAUUUGCAUGAACCAGGGGUUUUGCAGAACUUAAGAGCUAGAUAUGACAUGAAUGAGAUUUAUACAUACACUGGAAAUAUAUUGAUUGCUGUGAACCCUUUUAGAAGAUUACCUCAUCUAUAUGACAGCCACAUGAUGGAACAAUAUAAAGGGGCUUCCUUUGGUGAGCUAAGUCCUCAUCCUUUUGCUGUGGCUGAUGCUGCGUACAGAUUAAUGAUGAAUGAAGGGGUAAGCCAAUCAAUUCUUGUAAGUGGAGAAAGUGGAGCAGGUAAAACGGAAAGCACAAAAAUGCUUAUGCGUUAUCUUGCUUACAUGGGUGGGAGAGCUGCAGCUGAGGGGCGGAGUGUGGAGCAGAAAGUUUUAGAGUCCAAUCCUGUUCUUGAAGCAUUUGGUAAUGCAAAGACUGUAAGGAACAAUAAUUCGAGUCGUUUCGGCAAGUUUGUGGAGAUUCAGUUUGACCAGAGGGGGAGAAUAUCAGGAGCUGCAAUCAGAACUUACUUGCUGGAAAGAUCCCGUGUUUGUCAAGUAUCUGAUCCUGAGAGAAAUUACCACUGUUUCUACAUGCUUUGUUCUGCACCGCGGGAGGAUGUUGAGAGAUAUAAGUUGGGAAACACGAGAACGUUUCAUUAUCUAAAUCAAUCAAACUGCUAUGAGUUGGAUGGAGUAGAUGAUUCUAAAGAAUACCUGGCAACUAGGACGGCAAUGGAUGUUGUGGGAAUCAGCUAUGAGGAGCAGGAGGCUAUAUUCCGAGUUGUGGCUGCUAUCCUUCAUUUAGGCAACAUUGAAUUUUCGAAAGGGAAGGAAAUAGAUUCGUCAGAGCCCAAAGAUGACAAGUCCUGGUUCCAUCUAAAAACUGCUUCUGAACUUUUCAUGUGUGAUGCAAAGGCUCUGGAGGACUCCUUAUGCAAACGUGUGAUUGUAACUCGUGACGAGACCAUAACAAAGAGUCUUGAUCCUGAAUCUGCAGCUCUCAGUAGAGAUGCUUUGGCGAAAAUUGUGUAUUCACGGUUAUUUGACUGGCUGGUGAAUAAGAUCAAUAGUUCGAUUGGUCAAGAUUCUGAUUCAAAGUUCUUAAUUGGAGUGCUGGACAUUUAUGGAUUUGAGAGUUUCAAGACAAACAGCUUUGAGCAAUUUUGCAUCAAUUUGACAAAUGAGAAACUCCAGCAACAUUUCAAUCAGCAUGUUUUUAAAAUGGAACAAGAGGAAUAUACAAAAGAAGAAAUUGAUUGGAGUUAUAUCGAAUUUAUUGAUAAUCAGGAUGUUCUAGAUCUCAUCGAAAAGAAGCCUGGUGGGAUCAUUGCACUUCUAGAUGAGGCAUGUAUGUUUCCAAGAUCGACUCAUGAAACAUUCGCUCAAAAGCUGUACCAGACAUUUAAAAAUCAUAAACGGUUAAGCAAGCCGAAAUUGUCGCGCACUGACUUCACCAUAUGUCACUAUGCUGGUGAUGUCACUUAUCAGACAGACUUGUUCCUUGACAAGAACAAAGAUUAUGUUGUUGCCGAGCAUCAAUCACUCUUGUGCGCUUCAAAAUGUUCCUUUGUUUCAGGUCUGUUUCCUCCCCUAACUGAGGAAUCAUCCAAAUCAUCAAAGUUUUCAUCGAUAGGCUCACGUUUCAAGCAACAACUGCAAGCUCUGUUAGAAACUCUCAGUGCCACUGAGCCACACUACAUUCGCUGCGUAAAACCCAAUAAUCUUCUUAAACCAGCAAUUUUUGAGAAUAUCAAUGUUCUACAGCAGCUCCGGUGUGGGGGAGUCAUGGAAGCAAUUAGGAUAAGCUGUGCUGGAUAUCCUACUCGACGAACUUUCUGUGAAUUCAUAGACCGUUUUGGCAUCCUUGCUCCUGAUAUUUUGGAUGGGAGCUGUGAUGAGGUUGCUGCUUGCAAGAGGUUGCUUGAGAAGGUUGAUCUCAAGGGCUAUCAGAUAGGUAAAACAAAGGUGUUUCUUAGGGCUGGUCAGAUGGCAGAACUGGAUGCCCGCAGAAGUGAAGUUUUAGGUAGAUCAGCUGCCAUCAUCCAAAGGAAAGUCCGUUCGUACUUGGCUCGCAGAACGUAUAUCUCAUUGCGACGGUCAGCAAUACAGAUUCAAGCUAUAUGCAGAGCACAACUUACACGGCAACUUUAUGAAAGCAUGCGAAGAGAAGCUGCCUGUCUGAGAAUCCAAAAGGAUUUGCGAAUGUAUCUUGCGAGGAAAGCCCAUAAAAACAUUCUUUCUUCAGCUGUUACUAUUCAAUCUGGUUUGCGUGGUAUGGCUGCUCGUAAUGAACUUAACUUCAGGCGGCAGACGAGAGCUGCAAUUAUGAUCCAGAGUCAUUGCCGCCAAUACCUGGCUCGCUUACAUUAUCUGAGGACAAAGAAGGCGGCAAUCACCACACAAUGUGCCUGGAGAGGAAAAGUUGCUAGAAGAGAGCUACGGAAUCUGAAGAUGGCGGCGAAGGAAACUGGUGCUCUCCAAGCCGCCAAAAAUAAGUUGGAAAAGCAAGUUGAAGAGCUUACAUGGAGGCUCCAGCUGGAAAAACGCAUGAGGGCGGACGUUGAGGAAGCCAAAACUCAGGAAAAUGCAAAACUGCAAUCUGCUUUACAUGAGAUGGAGCUUCAAUUCAAAGAAACCAAAGCAAUGCUGAUAAAGGAGCAAGAGUCUGCAAAAAAGGCAGCAGAGCAAGUUCCUGUCAUACAAGAGGUCCCAGUUAUCGAUACUGCAAUGAUGGAGAAGCUUACUGUUGAAAAUGAAAAACUCAAGGCUAUGGUGAGUUCACUGGAAAAGAAGAUUGACCAAGCUGAAAGAAGAUACGAAGAAACACACAAACUUAGUGAAGAAAGACUGAAGCAAGCUGUGGAGGCAGAGUCAAAAAUAAUUCAGUUGAAGACCACAAUGCAGAGACUUGAAGAAAAGCUCUCUGACAUGGAAUCUGAGGAUCAAAUUCUCCGGCAGCAGGCCUUGUUGAAUACACCUGUAAAACGCAUGUCAGAGCAUUUAGAAAUUCCAAGACCUAAGAAUAUGGAGAAUGGUCACCAUGAGACUGAAGAGCUUAAAGCCAAAACUGAGCUAAAUUAUACGUCUGCUAAAAAGGAUGAUCCAGAAUCCGAAAACAAGCUCAGGAGAUUCCAUAUUGAAAGACAACAUGAGAGUGUUGAUGCUCUUAUCAAAUGUGUGAGUCAAAAUAUUGGGUUCAGCCAAGGAAAGCCAGUUGCAGCAUUUACCAUAUACAAAUGUCUUCUUCAUUGGAGGUCAUUUGAAGCUGAAAAGACAAGUGUUUUUGAUCGUCUUAUUCAGAUGAUUGGUUCUGCAAUUGAGAAUGAGGAGAGUGAGAACAAUGAACAUUUGGCUUACUGGCUAUCAAAUAUGUCUACUUUGUUGUUUCUCCUACAAAAGAGUCUAAAAGCAGGAGGUGCAGCUGUAGCAACUCCAAGUCGGAAACCUCCCCCUGCAACAACAUUAUUUGGAAGGAUGACUCAGGGAUUCCGCUCUUCGCCUUCUUCAUCAAACCUUGCAGUAGGUGGACUUGAUGUCGUACGCCAAGUUGAGGCGAAGUACCCUGCCUUGCUUUUCAAGCAGCAGCUCACGGCAUAUGUGGAGAAGAUAUAUGGAAUGAUUCGUGACAACUUGAAGAAGCAUUUGUCGAAAUUGCUUCCGCACUGUAUUCAGGCUCCAAGAACAUCAAGGGCAAGCAUGCUUAAGUCAUCUGGGAGGUCUUUUGGAAAUCGCACAAGCAGUCACUGGCAAGGCAUUAUUGACAGCCUCAACGCUCUUCUUAAAACAGUGCAAGAAAACUUUGUGCCUCCAAUGCUCAUUCAGAAGAUCUUUACUCAGAUUUUCUCGCAUAUUAACGUACAACUCUUUAACAGUCUUCUACUACGCCGUGAGUGCUGUACCUUCAGCAAUGGAGAAUAUGUGAAAGCUGGGUUGGCUGAAUUAGAGCUAUGGUGUUGCCAAGUGGCAAAAGAUGAGUAUGCAGGUUCAUCUUGGGAUGAACUCAAGCACAUAAGGCAAUCAGUUGGGUUCUUGGUUAUACACCAGAAGUCUAGAAUUUCCUAUGAUGAAAUCACCAAUGAUCUCUGCCCUGUCCUGAGUGUCCAGCAGCUUUAUAGGAUAUGCACAAAUUACUGGGACGACAAAUAUGGCACUAAAAGUGUUAACGCAGAUGUCAUUAGCAGCAUGAGAAUACUGAUGACAGAGGACUCCAAUGAUGCUGCUAGUGAUGCCUUUUUGCUGGAUGACAACUCCAGCAUACCGUUCUCGGUUGAUGAACUAUCCAACACUAUUCAAGAGAAGGAUUUCUCGGAUGUCAAACCUGCGGCCGAGCUUCUCGAGAACCCAGCCUUCCAAUUUUUACUUGAGUGAGGCUGUUGAAGGGAUUCAAAUUUUUAUUUUAUUUUUAUCAGUGAAUAUCCACAACCACCCUGAGGCAGGUGGAAAUCUGUCCCUCAUGUAAAUCCAACCUCCAUUUUUCGCUUCAUGUUUUUCUAUAUUCAAGCCCAUUGCUGUAAAAUUAUUCUUUGCAUUUUGUUGUGUAAAGUCUCCUAGGGAAGGUGAAGGGGCAGGGAUGGAUUUUGCCAUGCCAGUGAGUGUGGUUUGUCUUCUAUUUUUUUUAUUUUAUUUUUAUUUUUCAUUUUUUUUUUUGGUCUAUCCCCGCUGGUGGGGAGGCAUUCUUUGUAGGUAAAAGUAAGCAUUCAGCCAUUAUAGUGUGUUUGGGAGAAUCCAUAUCCUUCUCCCCUUUUCUUUGUAAAGCCUUAGGAUACAAGGAACAGAUAUUUACACCUCUACAUCUAUUUUGUAGGAUUAUUAUUUUUUUCCUGGAGAAUUUAAUCGAGUGAAGUUUGUAAAUGGCACUUGGUUGCAUGUACUCCAUGCAUUGUAUUUGAUUGCUCUACAUCUAUGACAAGUUUUCUUUUGCUUC